AUGUGCAACCAAACCCCUGUGGAGUUUCAGUUACCACUAGGAAAACAAAGAACAAAGACUGUGAAGGUCAUCCUAAAUAUCCCAGUACCAGUCAGAGAUAAAGAGAGGGAUUGGGAACAGCCUCCUCUUCACACAUUUCACCAUCCAGGAGAUGUCAUCAUUGGUGGAGUUGCUUAUCAUGCUGGAUUCAUCAUCAGUGAAAUACACUUCAUGGAAGAACCCCGGCAAAAACUGGGAGAAAAAUUUGUCACAGUCAGUAAGCAUUACCAGCAUAUCCUGGCUUUGGCAUUUGCAGUAAAAGAGAUCAAUGAAAACCCUCAGAUUUUACCCAAUCUCACAUUGGGCUUCCAUAUCUAUGACAGCUAUAACAAUGCAAGGAAGACUUAUGAUGCCACAAUGCGACUUCUAUCAUCAUUGGAAAGAGUCAUCCCUAACUACCUAUGUGACAGCCAGAAAAAUCUAAUAGCAGUUGUUGGAGGACUGGAUGUCCAAAUUUCCAUUAAUGUGGGAACUCUCUUGAAUAACUAUAAAAUUCCACAGAGAGGUGUCUGUUUUAACUUCAUAAAGAGAGUCCCUUUGAUAAGAUCUGUCUCUAAACUGAACAAAAUGCUAGAAGAUGGGUCAGAAAUACAUAAUGCAGUAAUGAGCAGUACAACCAAUGUAGUUGUGUUUUAUGGUGAAUCGAAUUCCAUGGUGUUUUUAAGAUGGAUUCCAUAUUUUGCAGAAUAUCCACCAAAGUUACCCAAAAGUAUAGUGUGGAUAACGACAGCCCAAAUGGAACUCACUUCACAAUUUUAUCAAAGGGACUGGGAAACAGAAAUAUUCCAUGGUGUCCUCUCCUUCACAAUUCACUCUAAUGAUGUACCAAAUUUCAAACAAUUUAUUAAGAGUCGAAAUCCUUUCAGAACAAAAGAAGAUGGUUUUAUCAGGGACUUCUGGCGACAAGCCUUUGGCUGUGUAUUCCCAAACACUAGUGUGGUAGAUGUGGAGGGGAAUAUAUGCACCGGGGAGGAGAAACUGGAGAGCCUUCCAGCACCAUUCUUUGAGAUGGGCAUGAAUGGCCACAGCUACAGCAUCUACAAUGCUCUAUACGCUGUAGCCUAUGCUUUGAACGAUAUGUCCUUACAAGCAAUGGAGGACAGAAGAGGACAGAAGUAUCAGUUGUGGCAGUCUCGGCCUGUUUCUUUAUGUACUGAGCAAUGCCAUCCUGGCUCUAGGAAGAAAGUGAAAGAGGGAAGGCCAUUUUGCUGCUAUGAUUGUAUCCCAUGCUCAGAAGGAGAGAUUUCAGUCCAGGAGGAUGUGAACAAUUGUAAUAUAUGCUCAGAAGAAAAAUAUCCAAAUAAUAAUCAGGAUAUGUGUAUUCCCAAGGAAACAACCUUUUUGUCCUAUGAGGAACCUCUGGGCAUCAGUUUAGCCUGCUUUGCUUUUACUUUUUCUGUGAUCACAGUUUUGGUCCUGGGAACAUUUUUGAAGCACCACCACACACCCAUUGUCAAAGCAAACAACAAAGACCUCACUUAUAUGCUGCUAAUUUCUCUCCUGCUCUGCUUCCUUUCUGCAUUGCUAUUCAUUGGACAACCUGAAAUUGUGGCGUGCCUCCUCCGACAGACGGCUUUUGGCAUUAUCUUCUCAGUGGCUGUUUCUUGUGUGUUAGCAAAAACCACGACAGUGGUUUUGGCUUUCAUGGCCACCAGGCCAGGAUCCAGGAUGAGGAAGUGGGUGGGGAAGAGACUGGCUAUUGCCAUUGUGGUGUCUUGUUCCUUUAUUCAAGCAGGCAUCUGUACUGUGUGGCUGGCAUCUUCACCCCCAUUUCCAGAUGUCGACUUGCACUCAGUCACUAAAGAAAUUGUACUGGAAUGUAAUGAGGGCUCCGUGACUAUGUUUUACUCUGUCUUGAGCUACAUGGGCUUCCUGGCUCUUGUCAGCUUCACUGUAGCUUUCUUUGCCAGGAAGUUACCUGACAGUUUCAAUGAAGCCAAGUUCAUCACUUUCAGUAUGCUGGUCUUUUGCAGUGUUUGGGUAUCUUUUGUUCCAACCUACCUCAGUACCAAGGGAAAAUACAUGGUUGCUGUGGAGAUCUUUUCUAUCUUAGCAUCUGGUGCUGGUCUGCUGGGUUGCAUCUUUGCCCCCAAAUGCUACAUUAUUGUGUUGCGGCCUGAGUUGAACGAAAGGGAACAUCUAAUAAGAAAUAAGACCUGAAGAAUUUGAGUGCAUAGCAUGCAUGUAUGAAGAGUGAUCACCAGACAAGGGGUUAAAAUUGGCUUGUUCUGCUAUGUUCUCUUCUUUUCUUCAUUGUUUUGCAUGCUCCUGUGUUGAAUAAAAUUGUUUAAUUGUACACUGAAAUGGAAAAUAAAUCUGUAAUGUGUCUGUAUUUAGGUUGUGAAGCAUAGCAUGGAAACUUCUAUUGAAGCUAAAGAAGAGCUGAGAGAAGAGUUUAGCAGUUAAUGAUUAAGUGGGGCUAAAUCUCAUCUGGGUCCAUCACAAGGUGUUUAGCUUAGAAUCACAUGAAACCUCUAGUGUUACAAGUCCAUUUGCUUAUCUCUUUCCAAGAAAAGAGCCUCAGGCUAAUGGAGACUGGAAUGGAGGAAAGACAAAGCUUGAAAUUUUAGCACUCGAAGAUAUAUAUAUAUUGGAAUCCAAGUGUGCUAUGCUUGGACAAGCAUAAGACAUUCUUCAACUAUCUGAAUGUAACUUUAUUUGUUUCAAGUUGCUUCAGAGUAAAGUUCUGCAGUAAAUCUUUUGAACCAUAUUUUUGCACUAAAUAAUUUUUCUUUCAAAGAAUCAGCUUUUAUUCACAUUAUUUGCCUCCAUAUGUGCACUGUUAAUGGCCUCAAUAGCCCGGGUUUUGAGAUCAUUAGGGGAAGUCCUUUUCUUGUUUUUGCCACCCUCACAGGUUCACUUGGUAGCGAAGCAGGAGAGGGCCUUCUCAGUGGCUACACACAGACUUGGGAACUUCCUCCAUAAAGAAUUUCUCUCUCCUGGUUGUCCUUCCUUCAGCAGGUGACAGCAGGUGAC